AUGGCGACCUCUGGAGGACGAGGAACCACGCCUGAAGAACCUCCCACCUCUCUUUUCUCUCCCCAGCUGAACGGCCUGUUACAGUUCACCGUGCGGCUGCUCACAGAGACCGAAGCUCGCUUUACAUCAGUGGAGAGGAUCGAUCAUUAUAUAAAUACUCUCGAGAGUGAAGCCCCCCGACAAAGUCCCUCAGCAGAUGCUCCUGCCCCCUCCUGGCCUCAGCAGGGGAACAUCACCUUCCAGGAUGUAGAGAUGCGUUAUCGUGAGGAUCUGCCGCUGGUGCUGAAAAAUCUGUCCUUCACCCUCGGGUCGGAAGAGACCAUCGGCAUUGUGGGCCGUACGGGAUCAGGAAAGUCGUCUCUGGGCGUAGCUCUCUUCAGACUCGUGGAGCUGACUGGAGGCUCGAUUAUCAUUGACGGAAUCAAUAUUGCACAGAUUGGUCUGGAUGAUCUGCGAAGCAAGCUAGCCAUCAUUCCUCAAGAGCCGGUACUCUUCAUCGGGACAGUCAGGACCAAUUUAGACCCAUGGGAUCAGUACUCCGAUUCGCAGAUAUGGGAAGCUCUAGAGAAGACGCAUAUUAAAGAGAUGAUCAGCCAACUGCCUCACACGCUCCACUCAGAGGUGACGGAGAACGGAGAGAACUUCUCAGUGGGGGAACGACAGCUACUCUGUGUGGCCAGAGCCCUGCUGCGCAACAGCAAGGUCCUUAUCUUAGACGAGGCAACAGCAGCCAUCGACACUGAGACGGACCGCCUCAUCCAGCAGACCAUUCGCUGUGCGUUUGGCAGCUGCACCACCCUCAUCAUCGCCCAUCGUCUGAACACUGUGAUGAGCUGCAGCAGGGUCAUGGUCCUGGACAACGGCCAGAUUUUGGAGUUCGACAGCCCCACUUCUUUGUUGGCAGACGAAAACUCAAGAUUCAGAGCCAUGAUAGAAGCAUCAGAAAACCAAAGCAGAUAAAAGACACUGGAGCUGAACUGUGACGUGAGAGGUGACGCUAGUAAAUAUUCAGUGGAAAACCCAAAAUGCACAAAAAACAUCACUCAGUCCUGCAACUGUGGGAGAGUGAGGUGUCGAUAAAAACAGCGUCUCUAACAACGGCUUCUUUGUGUAGCAAUGUCUGUUUAUUUUCAAACCAAAGACCCAGGGACCACAUUUUGUGAAGGACGAAGCAGAACCGCUUCCUGCUCUUUGUGGAGGCCAAAUAAUCAUCUGCAAGUGAAACAGAGCAACGUCUCCGACAAUAGCACUUUAUAAUUCAUGUGGCCACUGGUGCUUCCUUUGCCUUAUGGAGGUCAGCUGAUCAGUAAGGCUUCAAAUUAGUUUUAGUCUUUUUAUUUCUGUAGCUAAGACCUCACGGUGCAAGAAUGUACUGUUAAGGAUGUAUAAGUUAGUAAUGACUUUUCAAUACAGUAUAUCCAGACAAAAAAUCCUCUAUUCAUUAACCAUUCCUAUAUGUCACUUUUUAUGUUUAUUUUUCAGUUUGAUGCAUUCUGUUAUAAUGGAAUUUCAGUAAAUUAUGGCGGAUUUGAUUUGUGCCUACGCUGUAAACAUUUUCAGGUCAUAUAAUGGAGUUAGCCAUGUAAGCAUGCCUCUUACACACUGCAUGCAAUACUGUGUGAUGGAGGUUUCCUCUAAAUCCAAAUGCUGCUUCGUAUCGGUCAUAUUGCAAUCUGUGGGGGGAGGUGAUAAGUAUGUGUUUGGGUCAUUCGGGAUGCAAUAUUACCAAUGAUAACAAUUUAUUUGAGCAGAUAUUUCUUUCCUUUUCAAACUCAUUUAAAGAAAUUUGAAUUCCGUAACAUGUUGAAAUAUCAACAGUCCUUUAUGCAAACCCUCCCUCCUUCAGUAAAGAUAAAGAUAUAUAAUUAUAUCUAUUUAAAGAGACUAGAGAAAUAUUCAAAAUGCUGGUAUUUAAAAUCUGCACAUUUUAAACUGAUGCUCAGGUUUUUAAGAGGAUAAUACAGUAUAUAAUGUGCAACAAAGCUGAAACUGAUCAACAAAUGAUGUGUCUUUUUAAAUGUGUUCAAAAAGCUGUAGAUUGAGAUUCUGCCUUAUAAUCAAGUAUAUGCUAUACAAUCAUUGAUUAAAGUGCAAUUAGUUUAUUUUGCAUCGAUACGUUUCACGAUUGCCUUUUGUAAAUUUGAGAUUUUAAUCUUGUUUUGUUAUUAAGGUUCUUGUUUUUUAAAUAAAAAUAUUUUUAUAUAUGA